AUGGCAUCCCAACCUGACCCAGAGAUUGUGCUGUACGACUUGGCCUGCACCAAGAGCGUCUGCUUCUCUCCGGUAGUGUGGCGCAUCCGCCUUCUGCUGAACUAUAAACAGAUCGCUUACGAGACCAUAUUCCUCGAAUUUCCCGACAUUGAACCUACACUGAAAGCACUGCCAGACGCUCGUCCGUCGCGCAUCAAAUCUCCUUUCUCUGGUCCUGACUUCUUUUCCAGUGGUAUAGAUUCCCAGUCCAAGUACACAGUUCCUGCGAUCCACCAUGUACCGAGUAAUACUUACAUGAUGGACUCGACACCCAUCGCACAAUUCAUCGAGGCUACCUACCCAGAACCCCCAGUGCCGUUGACGUCAGAGCUUGGACGUGAGAUUGAAGCCAAAGCACGCGCUGUUGUUGGCACGACCUUCCGCAACUCAGUAAUGCCACGCGAGAUAAAUAUUCUAUCGCCUCGCUCCCAAGAGUAUUUCCGACGCACCCGGGAGGCCAUACUUGGACACCGUCUUGAGGAUCUUCUCAGCCAAGAAGAGAACAGUUGGAACUCGCUAGCGGACGGAAUUCGCGCCGUGGGGGAACUGAUGCGGACAAACAAGGUCGAUGGGCCUUUUGUACUCGGUGCUCGCCCGAGCUAUACUGACUUUUUCAUUGCGGGCUCUCUUCAGUGUGUCAGGAUGGUCGACGAAGGGGUCUUCCAAAAGAAUAUCACAUACCCUGGUUAUCAGGAGAUCUAUGAGGCUUGUUUACCGUAUAUGGACAAGAAAGAUUAA